AUGAAUACUUUUCAAAUAUUUUUGGAAAGUGUUACAGAUGGAAAAGUAGGAUUUACUAUUGGAGUAAUAAUCGGAUAUUGUUUAUAUAAAAUAAUGGCAAUAAUAGCCAAAAAGAAAUUGCAGUCUUCUAAUGAUUCUAAUGAAACUUCAAAUAAUAUAGUAAAUAAAUAUGACAAUUAUAAACUUAUUUUAGUAAUUAGAACUGACUUAAAAAUGGGAAAAGGAAAAGUAGCAGCUCAAUGUGCUCAUGCUGCAGUUGCAGCUUAUAAGGCAGCUAAAAAGCAUACUAAAAUUCUACAAGCUUGGGAAGAAUGUGGACAAGCCAAAAUUACUGUGAAGGUGGAGAGUGAACAUGCCUUGAAAGAAGUAGCUAAACAAGCCAGAGCAAUUGGACUUCUGGCAAAUAUAGUACAGGAUGCUGGACGUACACAAGUAACACCAGGAAGUAAAACAGUAUGUGCAAUUGGUCCAGGUCCAGCUCCACUGAUAGAUCAAGUAACUGGAUAUUUAAAAUUGUUUUGA